ACAAUUUUUCUAAUUUUCCAACCUUUGCAAGAGAAUCAGCACUAAAGAUACCAAAUUCAGUUUUUAUUGAUUACAUUAAAAAAUCAUAUUUAGAUAGAAAGGAUAUACUUGAUCUCUUAGAAAA